GUUAAGGAAAGCGUCGGUGACUCAGUGAACGUUGUGAGUCAGCUCAAUCUACUAAACAUUUGGAUACGUACAGAAUAUAUUUGUCCGAAGAAAAAAGUGUCGAGAGAAAGAGAGUAGACUGGAUUGGUAUAUAAGCUAUAGAUGCCAAAUCCAAUGCGUCUCGAAUAUCCGGGCGAGAGUUUUAGUGAGAGAAAGUGGAGAGAGAGAGAGAGAGGUACCGACCAAUGGGGGACUCCAGCGACUAUGUUUCCGUCGAUGUGGAGUGCACUUAUCUUCCCGGAAAGAAGCAUACUGUUAAGACAAGCCACGGUUAUGUCUCUGUUACUGUUUUUGGAGACCUGGACAAGCCGGCUUUAAUCACUUAUCCUGAUCUAGCUUUAAAUUAUGUGUCUUGUUUCCAAGGACUUUUUUUUUGUCCAGAAGCAUUUUCUCUGCUUAUCCACAACUUCUGUAUUUACCAUCUCAGCCCUCCCGGACACGAGUUAGAAGCUGCUGCCAUCAGCCCAGAUGAACCUGUUUUAUCCGUUGAUGGUUUAACUGAUCAGAUUGCUGAGAUUCUUGACUAUUUUGGACUUGAUGCCGUGAUGUGCAUGGGGGUGACAGCCGGAGCUUAUAUUCUUACCCUGUUUGCUAUGAAAUAUACUCGUCGUGUUAUGGGUUUGAUUCUUGUUUCCCCUCUAUGCAAAGCACCGUCUUGGACAGAAUGGUUAUGCAAUAAGGUGAUGUCAAAUUUACUGUAUAUUUGUGGCAUGUGCGGUUUGGUGAAGGAGCUUUUGCUGAUGCGAUACUUUAGCAAGGAAGUUCGUGGCAGCACAGAUGUACCAGAUUCGGAUGUUGUUCAAGCAUGCAGAAGAUUGUUGGGAGAAAGACAAACCCCAAAUGUGCUGCGGUUUCUUGAAGCAAUUAAUGGGAGACCGGACAUUAGCGAGGGCUUGAAGAGACUACAGUGUCGAUCUUUGAUAUUCGUUGGAGAAAACUCUCCUUUCCACUUUGAGGCCCUCCAUAUGACUUCAAAGCUAGAUAGAAGAUUCAGUGCCUUAGUCGAGGUUCAAUCAUGUGGGUCAGUGGUCACAGAAGAACAACCAGACGCCAUGUUAAUACCAUUGGAAUAUUUUCUCAUGGGUUAUGGUUUCUACAAGCAAUCUCAAUACAGUGUCAGCCCUAGAAGUCCCUCAAGUCCUACUAGCAUCUCACCCGAGCUUUUUUCACCGGAAAGCAUGGGAUUGAAGUUAAAACCAAUCAAAACUAGAAUUCCUGCAUAAGUCUUGGGUGAAGAUGGUAAGCAAGUUCUUGUAAUCAUAUGUAGCAGAGGAUGAAUAUACAUGUUAUUGGAAGAACGUCGUGUGCCAAGAAAACUCCGGGACGAUUGUAGAUAACAGAAGAAAGAAAAGACAAUUUUUUCUCAUUUGUAAUCACGAGUAUUAGUUGAGAAUUAGCGAGUGAUCUGUAAAUUAUUUGAAUAAUAAUUGUUUAUGACAAUAAAGCAGGCAAGAAUAAUAAAAGGUGGGAGAAGUUUUCAUAA